UCACUCACUCACUCACUGUCACCGAGUCUGUGAGUACAGUUCCACAGAGCAUGGCACUAAACGGUGACCGUUAGAUCUCCGAUCACGGGAAGUGGAGGUGCACCCCUCUGCACCCGAUCUAGAUCGCCACUCCAAUGGCGUGCUCGUGAAUCCACCCAACCAUGGUGUCCACUCUCUUACUACAAUAGACUACACCCAUCCCAUACAUACAUACAUACAUAUACACUCACACUCCAUUCUCGCUUUUCUCUUCUUCUUCUUCUUCUUCUUGUUGCCGACGAUUCUUUGCUUCUUCUGCUUCUUGUUAUCACUUUAUUCUGCGCCGCAAUGUCCGCGAUAUGAAUCUUCUAAUCUCCUUUUUACAGUUGUAGCUUGCUCUUCUGCUUCGAUCAUCAUACAGUCUGUCACAUUGAUCUCAAGCUUAAACUAUUCAACUUGGGAACUCCAAUAAUUUGAAAAAUGAGGUUGGUGGAGUUUUGGUGUAUAUUUAUAAUAAUUAUAUUGGCUAAUAUUCUUGAACCUGGGAAGGCAGAGGUUUAUAUAGUAACCGUUGAAGGUGAGCCUAUCAUAAGUUACACCGGCGGUAUCGAUGGGUUUGAAGCUACUGCUGUGGAAUCUGAUGAGAAGAUCGAUACCACAAGUGAAUUGGUCACUUCUUAUGCACGCCACCUUGAGAAAAGACAUGAUAUGCUACUUGAAAUGUUGUUUGAUACUGGGACGUACACAAAACUCUAUAGCUAUCGACAUCUUAUAAAUGGGUUUGCUGUGCAUCUUUCCCCAGAGCAGGCAGAAACUCUUAGACAUGCUCCUGGUGUUAAAUCUGUUGUGAGGGACUGGAAAGUGAAGAGACUUACAACACAUACCCCACAAUUUUUGGGGCUUCCAACUGGAGUGUGGCCGACAGGAGGUGGCUAUGAUCGAGCCGGAGAAAACAUAGUGAUCGGAUUUGUGGACUCUGGGAUAUAUCCUCACCAUCCCAGCUUUGUCACUUAUAAUACUGAACCAUAUGGGCCACUUCCAACGUAUAGAGGAAAAUGUGAAGUUGACCCGGAGACUAAGAGAAGUUUCUGUAAUGGGAAGAUUAUAGGAGCACAGCAUUUUGCUCAAGCUGCAAUAGCUGCUGGGGCAUUUAACCCUAUAGUUGAUUUUGCUUCUCCUUUGGACGGAGAUGGGCAUGGAAGUCAUACUGCCUCUAUUGCGGCUGGAAGAAAUGGAAUUCCUGUGAGGAUGCAUGGACAUGAAUUUGGGAAAGCAAGUGGAAUGGCUCCUCGUGCCAGGAUUGCUGUGUACAAAGCACUCUAUAGACUCUUUGGAGGUUUCAUUGCAGAUGUAGUUGCUGCAAUUGAUCAGGCUGUACAUGAUGGGGUGGAUAUACUCAGCCUUUCUGUUGGACCCAACAGUCCUCCAGCAACCACCAAAACCACUUAUUUAAACCCAUUUGAUGCUACACUUCUUGGAGCUGUGAAAGCUGGUGUCUUUGUUGCACAGGCUGCCGGAAACGGUGGCCCCUUUCCUAAGACUUUAGUUUCGUAUAGUCCAUGGAUAGCAUCCGUAGCUGCAGCAAUUGAUGAUCGUAGAUAUAAAAAUCAUCUGACUCUUGGAGAUGGUAAAAUCUUGGCUGGAAUUGGUCUAUCACCUUCUACACAUUUUAACCAAUCAUACACAUUGGUUGCUGCGAAUGAUGUUGUGCUAGACUCGUCAGUUAUGAAGUACAAUCCCACGGAUUGCCAGAGACCUGAACUUCUAAACAAGAACUUGAUAAAGGGGAACAUUCUUCUUUGUGGUUAUUCUUUCAACUUUGUAGUUGGUUCUCGCAGAUGUCAGCAAGUCAAAGGUACUUGACUUGUCUUUGCUUAUAUAUUUAUUUUGGGGCGGACCAAAUAUAUGACUGCUGCCCUUCUCCAUCUGUUUAAGUUAUUCCACAAUCAGGAACUAAUAGAUUAUUAUAAAAUCUCCACUCCAAGAGACUGGACUGGAAGGGUGAAGAGUUUCAAAGGUAUUGGAAAAAUUGGGGAUGGUUUGAUGCCUAUUCUUCAUAAGUCUGCACCACAGGUGGCUUUAUUCUCUGCAAGAGGACCAAAUAUAAAGGACUUUAAUUUCCAAGAGGCAGAUCUUCUCAAGCCAGAUAUAUUGGCACCGGGAUCAUUAAUUUGGGGUGCUUGGUCUCUAAAUGGAACUGAUGAACCAAAUUAUAUGGGAGAGGGAUUUGCCAUGAUAUCUGGAACUAGCAUGGCUGCUCCACAUAUAGCUGGCAUUGCGGCUCUCAUAAAGCAGAAACAUCCACAUUGGAGCCCUGCCGCAAUCAAAUCAGCCUUGAUGACGACAUCAACAACUCUAGACAGAGCAGGAAAUCCUAUUCUAGCACAGCAAUAUUCUGAAACACAGGCGAUGAAGCUAGUAAAAGCUACUCCUUUUGAUUAUGGGAGUGGACAUGUUAAUCCAAGAGAUGCUUUGGACCCUGGACUAAUCUUUGAUGCAGGAUACAAUGAUUAUCUAGGGUUCUUGUGCACAACACCCGGCAUCGACAUUCAUGAGAUAAAGAAUUAUACAAACACACCAUGCAACAACACAAUGGGCAACCCAGCAAAUCUAAACAGUCCUUCCGUUACAGUUUCCCAUCUAGUAAGAACUCGAGUUGUCACCCGAACCGUCACAAAUGUUGCAGGGGAAGAAGAAACAUAUGUGAAUACAGCUAGAAUGGACCCUGCAGUUGCCAUUGAAGUCAAUCCUCCAGCAAUGACCAUCAGACCAGGCGCAUCGCGUAAGUUUACCGUGACACUAACGGUUCGGUCAGUGACCGGAACCUAUAGCUUUGGUGAGGUUUUGAUGAAAGGGAGCAGAGGUCACAAGGUGAGGAUCCCUGUUCUGGCCAAUGGAUACUCAAGAUAGCUUAAUUUGGUCUCAAAGCUAUGUUUGUAAUAUUCUUUGUAACUUGUGGAGAAAUAAGGUAUGUCCUUUAAGAUUUAUUCAUAUGUGAUAUUGAAUAUAUAGGUUGUAAACUGUAAAGGAAGCAAGUGUAAAAGGCGGAGAGACUCAAGAUAUAAAGUUUUGCUACUGUUCUCAUUCUCAAGUGCUUUCUUGAGAAGCUGCUUUGUGAAA